AUGGCAUCUGUUACUACUACUGUAAAUGAGAAGCUGGUGACAGGGUCAUGUGUAUCAGCUGUGCAUGGAGAUCGAAAACGAAGAACAACGAGAGUCAACUCAGUCCAUGGUAAAGGAGAAUUCGGAAGAAGAGGCUUCCUUUUAUCAGCUGCUUUUGCAUCAUCUCCAGCAGUUGCAUCUGAACUCAAUGAUUCUAAGAGUGCUCUUAUUCAGAAGUAUCUGAAGAAGUCGGAGGAAAACAAAGCCAAAAAUGACAAAGAGAGACUGGAUGGUUAUUACAGACGCAAUUACAAGGAUUACUUUGAAUUCAUGGAAGGGGCUUUUGAAAAUAAAGAGAAGCUCACUGAAGCAGAGCAGGGUAUUCUUGAUUGGCUCAAGGCUAACAGAUAA